AUGGCCGAAUAUUGGAAAUCAGCACCCCGCCACUGGUGCAAACAAUGCAAGAUCUUCAUUCGUGACACACCCUUCGAAAAGACCCAACAUGAAGCGAGCCCGAAACACCAAGGCAGCCUAAAACGUUUCUUGCGCGACAUUCACAAGAAUAAUGAGAUUCAACAGAGAGAGACACAACAAGCCAAGAGCGAAGUAGAACGUUUGCGACAAGCCAUCUCAGGAGCACCCUCCGCAUCCAAAGCCUCCGCCACUGCGCCAGCUAAACGCACCCCUGCUCCGGCCGAUCGGCCCGUUAGCGUGGAUGAAAGGAAGAAACAGAUGGCGCAGUUGGCUGAGAUGGGCGUCGCUAUUCCUGAGGAGUACCGCGGGGACAUGGCCUUGACUGGAGAAUGGCAGACUGUCUCCGAGACACGGCUUGACGCGGGUGCUGAAGGUGCGAAGUCGAUUGGUAUUCGUAAGCGCAAGAUUGAGGGCGAUGAAGAUGAGGAGGGUGGGCAAAUUCCGGAGUAUGUGAGCAAAGGGUGGGGAUCGAGGAUGAAGAUAUACCCUGGGGCAGAAGAUGAUGAUGAUGAGGGCCUUGAUGCUCUACUUGCGUCUACUAAAGAUUUGAAAAAGCCUAAAAUUGAGACAGAGGUGGUUGCCUCGAAGGAGCAGGAAUCAUCAUUUACUCUGCUCCCCAAGAAGGAAGAUGACGCUGCCGACUGCGAGGCUCCAGCUGCGACAGUCCCCAAGGAGGAGGACUCAACGUUGGUUAAAAAAGAGGAGGCAGACGAUUCUACUACACCCCUUGCUACUGCAGUCCCCGAAAGCGAGGAGGCACACGGGGUUAUUUUCAAAAAGCGUAAAGCUAAGGUCAUGAGGAAAUGA